ACAUGCCCCUCAUUCAGAGCUACCCCUCCAAUAGCCUACCCCUCCUGUGUGGAUGGCAAGCUCAAGCUCGGAAAGAAGAUCGGCUUCGACACAACUUCCACCGCUCUCAAUUUGCCGUUCCAGUUCUUUGUAUUGCACGAAAUCUCACCUCUAUUCCGGCCGUCACACCAAAUAACCAUAAACAACCGCCAUGGCAAACCACUCCCACGACGGCGUGCACUCGCACUCGCACGACACCUUCAACGCGGCCGAGCACGGCCACAGCCACGAGAUCCUCGACGGGCCCGGGUCCUACCUGGGCCGGGAGAUGCCCCUGAUCGAGGGCCGCAGCUGGGCCGACCGGGCCUUCACCAUCGGCAUAGGCGGCCCCGUAGGAUCAGGCAAAACAGCCCUCAUGUUAGCCCUCUCCCGCACCCUGCGCACCUCACACUCCCUCGCGGCCGUAACCAACGACAUCUUCACGCGCGAGGACGCCGAGUUCCUGACGCGGCACAAAGCCUUACCUUCGCAGCGCAUCCGCGCCAUCGAGACGGGCGGGUGCCCGCACGCGGCCGUGCGCGAGGACAUCAGCGCCAACCUGGCGGCGCUCGAGGACCUGCACCGCGCCUUCGACACGGACCUGCUCCUGAUCGAGUCCGGCGGGGACAACCUGGCGGCUAACUACUCGCGCGAGCUGGCCGACUACAUCAUUUACGUCAUCGACGUGAGCGGCGGCGACAAGGUGCCGCGAAAGGGCGGGCCGGGCAUCACGCAGAGCGACUUGCUGGUUGUCAACAAGACCGAUCUUGCCGAGGCGGUGGGCGCCGACUUGGGCGUCAUGGAGCGCGAUGCGCGCAAGAUGCGUGAGGGUGGGCCGACCGUGUUUGCGCAGGUCAAGAAGGGCGUUGGGGUGGAGCAUAUUGUGAAUCUGAUUCUGAGUGCGUGGAGGGCGAGCGGUGCCGAGGAGCAGAGGAGGGCUGUCGGCGGGCCACGGCCGACAGAGGGGUUGGAGGAACUAGGGGAGGCUUGAGAGGCUUGGUGGGGAGGUUUGAAGGAAAACCUAUGUAUAUGUAAAGAGGGACCCCGGCUGUCUAGAACAGAAUAUCCAUGGAAUAAAGAGAGAAUUGUACC